GGCCGGGAGAGAGAGGAGCCGGGACUGAGUUCACGCCUCACUUGGUGCACACACACCAUGCUGAUCCUGGAGAGCCUCCUACCAUAACAACCCCUCUGUACCCACCUCGCUGGGAGCUCGAUCUCUCCCCACAAAGCCGGGGGGGGGGAGGGAAGAAGAGGGCGAGUGUGUGUGCAAAGCUGCAUUUCAACCCUACUGCAAUUUCCUACUAGGAGCUUCAUUUUCUUUUUCCUUCCCCCAAUUUGGGUGCCUCCCGCGUGUAUCUAUAUAAUUUUUUCCCCUAAAAAUGUCGGUCUGUUUUGUAGAAACUGGUCAAGGAUCGGUGGCGCUGAAAGCUUUGCAGAAGUUCACCACAAUGUCCAGUGACAGGCAAAGGUCAGAUGAUGAAAGUCCAAGUACCAGCAGUGGUAGUUCAGAUGCAGAUCAGAGGGACCCGCCAGCACCAGAACCUGAAGAGCAAGAAGAAAGAAAACCUUCUGCAACCCAACAGAAGAAAAAUACCAAACUAUCCAGCAAAACUACUGCUAAGCUAUCCACUAGUGCUAAAAGAAUUCAGAAGGAGCUAGCUGAAAUAACCCUUGAUCCUCCUCCUAACUGCAGUGCUGGCCCUAAAGGAGAUAACAUUUAUGAAUGGAGAUCAACUAUACUUGGACCUCCAGGUUCUGUAUAUGAAGGAGGUGUUUUUUUCCUGGAUAUCACAUUUCCUCUGAUUAUCCAAUUCAAGCCACCAAAGGUUACUUUCCGUACCAGAAUCUAUCACUGCAACAUUCAACAGUCAGGGAGUCAUCUGUCUGGAUAUCUGAAAGACAACUGGAGCCCUGCUUUGACUAUCAAGGUUUUGCUGUCUAUUUGUUCUCUCUUGACAGACUGCAAUCCUGCUGAUCCUCUGGUUGGAAGCAUAGCCACUCAGUACCUGACCAACAGAGCAGAACAUGACAGGAUAGCCAGACAGUGGACCAAGAGAUAUGCAACAUAAAUGACAAACUACUUGUGCUCUGUGAGGGUGCAGAAGGCAACUUUACAGUGUGCAACAAAUCUUUAUAGCCUUUACAAUACGGACUUCUGUGUAUAUGUUAUACUGAUUCUACUCUCUGCUUUUAUCCUUUGAAGACUGGGAUUCUGCCCCCUAAAAAAGGUAAAUGCUAUCAGGAGUAGAACUUUGUAGCUGUAGAUUAGUUAUGUUUAAAAAGCCUACUUGCAAGUCUUGCUUCUUUGGGAUAUCAAAAUGUAUUUUGUGAUGUACUAAGGAUACUGUUCCUGAAGUCAACCAAAUAUUAUAGUGCAUUUUAGCCUAAUUCAUUAUCUGUAUGAAGUUAUUAAAGGUAGCUGUAGAUUACUAGGAAUUAUGUCAUUUGUAUUAAACCCAGAUCUAUUUCCAAUAUGUGGUACAUGCUGUUGUGAAAACUGUUUUAACUUUUACCUUUGUCAGUUUGUAAUGAAAGGAUUUCCUUUUCCCCUUUGUAGCUCAGAGAGCACCCAGUGUAUCAUCUCAAAUACAAUAAACAUGUUCCCCAAG